UGUUUUUUGACAUUGCAUCCGCAUAUGAUAAUGUCCUUCUUCCUAUACUCAGACAAAAAAUGAUCCAGCUGAGUAUCCCAGAGAAGAUGGUUAACUUCAUAUUUAAUUUAUUCUCCGCUAGAGCCAUUUUAAUUUCUUCCCAAAACUCUUUACUUCCUCCUAGACUUCUAUGGAAGGGUCUCCCUCAGGGAUCAGUUUUAAGCCCACUACUAUACAAUUUGUAUACCUACGACCUAGAACUUUCCGUAAAUUCAUUUUGCAACGUACUACAAUACGCGGAUGAUUUGGCUCUAUACGUCUCAGCCAAAGACUUAGGGGAUGCCUCUGCUCGCCUCAACUCCGCUAUUAACUAUCUCCAUGACUGGUUAGGUAAUCAUGGUCUAUCCCUUUCAGUUGAGAAGAGCAGUGUAGUGACAUUCUCUCGCAUGCGAUCUAUUCCCGACGUCAUUAUUUCAUUUGAUGGCAAAAUAUUCCCAGUGCGAAACUCAGUAAAAUUUCUCGGGGUCGUUUUUGACUCGCGUAUGACCGGUGUCCAACACAUUAAUCACAUCAUCAAAAAGUGCGAAAAGAAUAUCCAUAUCCUUCGCUCCCUGUCAGGCGUAUGGUGGGGAUCACAUCCGUACACACAAAAGCUAUUAUAUAAUGCUUUGGUGCGCAGCCAUUUUGAUUAUGGCACCCACAUUCUAGAACCCUGCAAUAAGUCUGCCUUAACCUCCUUGGACAGGGCCCAAUCAAAGUGUCUGCGUAUCAUAAUCGGAGCAAUGAAGUCCUCUCCCAUCAACGCCCUUCAGGUCGAAUGUGCAGAACCUCCGUUGCACUUGAGGAGACAGUACUUAUCGGACAGAUUCAUUUACAAAAUUUUUCAGCUUUCCAACCACCCCCUUAUUUCAAAGUUACAUACUCUUUCAGAACACAUCUCUUCCAGCAGUUACUGGAGACAUAAGUCCCACCCAGUCCUCUUCACUAGUUUUGUUAGAUUUAUCAGCCUCCCCUGUCCCGUCUAUCAAUGUAGGUUAAAUCCUCUAUUUCUUGCAUCCUAUAAUGCAAUUCUAUACCGCCCGGACAUCGUUCUAAAUAUCGGAAUAAACAAAGACGACCCCGAUGCAAACGCCAAAUUUAACUCUGUCGUUAAUGAUAAGUGGAAUGGUUGGCAUAUUAUGUUCACUGACGCAUCAAAAAUAAAAGCUGACGGCUGUGUAGGCUUCGCUAUCUGGAUACCGGAGUACAACAUCAUUUUAAACUUUAAGUGCCCCCCUCAAGCCUCGAUUUUUACAGGAGAGGCGCUAGCUAUUCUUGAAGCCUUGAUGUUUAUAGAAUCACAUAAGCUACACAACACGGUGAUAUUCACUGACUCUAGAAGCUGCCUACAGGCUAUCCUUGCAAACCAAUUCAGGUCCAAGUCAAAAUUCCCUUUUGUUCUGAAUAUCAAAGAAAUUCUUUUUCGGUGUCACGUAUCUGGCAUAAAAGUCACCCUAGCUUGGAUCCCGGGACACAGCGGUAUAGUGGGUAAUGAGGGUGCUGAUCAGUGUGCUAAAGAUGCCACGAAAACCGGUAGUGAUACUCAUUAUGCAACUUAUGCACAAGAUCUAACGUCUAUAGCUAAGGAUGAUCUUAUAUCACGCUGGAAUGAAGCGUGGAACCUUUCGAAACGCAAUAAAGGCAAACAUUACGCGGAUGUUCAAGACACACUGCUCGCUCGGCCUUGGUUUUUUAAAUAUAGAAAAGCCAACAAGAGGGUCACGUCCACAAUAUGUAGGUUAAGGUUAGGCCAUGCUUGUACCCCGGUUCACCUAGCUAAGAUAAGGGUCAAGGAUAGCUCCCUCUGUGAGUGUGGGCUUGAGGAGGGAUCAGCAGAACACAUUUUCUUUAACUGCCCUAGGAGACCGUCACUUUACGAAGCGCUACCGGACACUAUCCCCAGACCGACGAAUUUCAAAUCUUUGUUAGGCCUCGUACAUACUCCUUUUGUAAGUAAUUCAACAGUCGAUUACUUUGUCAAAUAAUAAUAAUCAAAAUUGAUGUGACCUUGUGCAAUCACGAAACCCACCCAAUAAACAAGAGUCCACACCUAAAGACACCUGGAUUCAGUCAAAACCACAGACCAAGCUCUAUGAACUGGAUUUUGGCGAAAUCAAAAAGGACCGCCA